UCCAAAAUGGCGGUCUCACGUAAACUUAUCGACAAAAAAGUUCUUCAUAACUUUAUACGAAACUCAGACGCACAUAAUAAGAUACAAGAAGAGAAAGAAAUGUGGAGGCUUCACCGAAUGAAUAAUGAAGAAGAUAAACACAGAAAAUCGCCGUCAGAUCGAGGAAAACGGAGGAGUUACAAACAUUCAAAAAGGGAUUUAUCUCCUGAGAAACCCAAAGAUACUUACUGGAUGAAACAGCUAACAACUUAUGAAAGCUCUCUUUCAGAAAGAUGGGGGCACAGUGGCUACAAAGAGCUUUACCCAGAGGAGUUUGAGGAAAAGGAAAGUGAAAGGAGUGAAGAGGAAAAGAGAAAAAGAAGAAAAAAUARAAAAGUUGAUAAAGAACGAGAAUCAAGAAAAGGCGACUCAAACACGAGGAAAAAUACCAAAAGAAAACGAAAAUACAGCGACGAUGAUUCGCCUCGMAAAAAAAGAAAAGAUGACUUAAAAAAAGGAGCAAGUUCUAGCUCAUCAGAGGGUGAAUCACCAAGGAGAAAGAAWUCGAARGAAAAGUCAAAAAGAUCAUCAUCGAGAAAAUAUCACGGCCAAAGACGUAGCAAGAAGCGACGAAGGAGAAAGAGUAGCUAGCAAGUAUAGUUCUUAUUAUACUAAAUUUUAUACGAUUCAUUAUAUUAAUCUGUGAUUAAUCAUGUAUUUAUAUGCGAUUUUUUAAUUAUAAUUUUAACAAUUCUAAAAAGUGUCCUAAAUCAUUAUCGACAAGARCAUUUUCAAUUACAUCGACAUACUAACAUGAGAGUAUAAAGUAAAACUGAGGCUUAUCAUAGUUGGCCUCUGUUGGUCGAAUCCCAGGCCGGGUAAAAGUGUACCUUUGAAUUUUGAAUUCAAGGAUGGUUUUCCCUCUUGAUCUACGGACGUUUCUCCAGGUACGCUGCGGUUUUAACUUUUUUUCUUAAUUCAGUCAGCAUUUAUAAUACAAAAUAGAAUGGAUUCUUUAUUAGAUUUAAAGCAGUUUUAGACACUAAGAGUCAGAUUAGUAACACGCUAAGACCACGCUACCUGUAACAGUGCAUGCAGACUGCGUGUUUUCAAACUCCAGUACAACCAGACGAGAAGUUGUUUAUAUUCAACAUCCAGAGGUCCUUUUAUGCUCUAAAAAAAGACACAACUGGUGUAUCGAUGUCAUAGAUACUGUCUGCAACGAUUCACGGAAAAAAUCAUCUCGAAAUGUCAAGUGUUUAUUUUAAACUUAAAAUUUGCAGCAAGUUUUUCAAAGAUUAUUCUCUUWUUGAAGAAAAGUGUGCUUAAAAAGAAGCGUGCUUGGGCUAAUGGCCUCAAAUUGUAUCGUUUUGUGUUGCUAGUCUAUAUUCAUACUUUGACUUUUGCUUUUGCUUUUUGUCACAAUGUCUUAAUGUSAAAUAUUAUUAUUUAUUUAUUUUGUAUUUAUCCGAAUUUUAUCGCAGAAUAUUUGUAUACUGAUAUGGGAGUUCACACACACGAGUAGUAGUGGAUAUAUAAACUAGCGACAAAAGCAUAUUUUGCUUCGUGAAAAGUACGACAUUAGUCCGUCGGAGAUUUUAAGUUUUGAUUAAAAAAAUGAAAAAAGUGCACACAGAGUGGGUUUKUAAGCUUUAUUUGCCGAUGUUUGCAUAGUGUUAUGUUUCGUCAAUAGUUUGAAUUUUUAAAGUAGUAGCUUUGUAUCAAACAUGAUAUGCUACUUAAAAACGGAUAAUUMAACGUACUGUUUUUUCGGGCGUUGCUCCGUUGGAGAGCGAUUGAUAAAACUCACUGUAAAAAAAAUAGUACAAAGAGAAUGAGUCUGGCGUAAGCUAUAUUUCAGAAUAUCUUCUGUUCUGUGUAGUACCUUUACCUGGGCACAUGGAUCUGAAACAAUCUAUCGCGAUUAAGCUACAAUCUGGUACAAAUAACUGCUUCUCUCGUAUCAAUUAGUCUUUGUUUCAACGUUUCUUUUUUCAACUGAUACCAAAGCUCGCUUUCUCGAUGGCGCAAGCGUACGUGCCACGAGGCUGACCAAAGGYAUCGCCAAAGGGCACGAGGGCUGGCAUGAAGAAUGUGAUCAUUGCCGGUUCAACGCUUUUUAAACAGGUGUUAUUAUUUAUCUAGUUGUAGCUGGAUACUGUUAAACCAACACCAGCAACAUACUGUUGGUCGCAUUCUCUUAGUCUUAGAUGUAUAAAAAAAAAAUUCUUAAUACUAACUGGAUGGACUUACAGAUUUAAGAAGUAAAUCUGAACAAAGGUCAAGAGACGUAUAUAAUGGUGUGGUCAUUUGCUUCAACCUUAUUUACGUCAGAAGAAGUUUGAUUUUAACACGGACACGUCCCCAUGAUGUCCUAAAACAUGUUAAACAUGUUAACACAGAAGGAGGGUCAAGAUCUCCCCGACCCCCAUCCCCUGGUGCGUUUUCAUUGAUCUUGGAAAGAUUGCAAGACAAAAGCUUACCAACCAAUAAAGCAAUUUUCUUUUCUUUAAAUGCAACUAAUGACUGUCCUAACAGUAUCUGGCAUUACUAGGAGAGGUAAUUUGCGAUAUCCAAAUAUAUAACACUGGAAAAA